AUGUCGCAAGGCGAUGUGAUUAGGCAGGAGGGUGCCGGAGGCAACACAAAGCUCGCUUGUCGCAAGGCAAUGUGGCUAGGCACGAUGGUGCUGAAGGCGACACAAGGUGUGGCUAGGCAUGGGGGUGCCGAGUGCAAAACAAAGCUUACAUGUCAUAGAGCGAUGUGGCUAGGCACGGUGGUGCCGAAGGCGAUACAAGGCUCGCAUGUCGCAAGGCGAUGUGAUUAG